AUGUAUGUGAUUCAUUCGAAUCGGAUCGGACGCGUGCCCAACUGGCCAGCUACAUCGACUAUCUCUCGUCGGAUAGUGGAAGACCGGAUCAAGAGACAUCGGUUGAGAGGAGAGGCGGCGGCGGUUCUUCCUUGGGUGAGCAAAUUUCUUGCCCGCCGCCUCUCUCGCCGUCCGUCGAGAUCGACAUUUCUUUGCUUUGAUCCGGCCAGCGAUGAUGGCCCCCUCUCACGCCCAUUGCCUAUCACCGUCGCGGCCUCCGCCGAGCCUUGGGAGCGUCAGCCUCGGCCGUUGCGGGGGGGCUCCUCGGGCCUCCUUCGUUGCUUCUUGUUCGGAGCUGCCGUGGAGGAAAUGGUGUAUUGCCUCCUUCCUUGCCUCUGUAGCAGCUGCCUUCGCAUCCAUGAGGAUGCUAAUAGGCCGUAUAUCACCAAAUCUUCAAUAGAUACUCUAUUUAAUGAGAAGAUAUGACCAGAUAAGAGGAUCUGCAAUGGGUAUAAGAGGCUCAUGAUCCCGAGAUUUACACCCACAGCUGCAAUGGAAUUCAAAAGCUUAGUUCUAAUAUCAGUUGUCUUUGGAAGUCUAUUCAGUUUGCAUCAGUGUUGAGUUAAAUCAGACUUCCACAACUAAAGAUUGU